GAGACUUAUGGUACCGGUCUUCUCAUAUUCCAUGUGGUCUGCGAUUGCAAGCGGAUCUCAGAGGCCGAGCGGGCGCCAGCGUACCCUGCUGUUGUGCUCGCAUUCCUUGCCACUGUGUCUGGUGCUUACUCUGGGGGCACCAUCCGGAACUACUACUAUGGGUUGCGCGCAUGGCACAUCCUUCAUGGGUGUCCCUGG